AUGCCCAUCUACGAACUCUGGCGACAGGCAACCAACAGUGACGCUGCAGCAACCGCUUUCCUAGUCGCUCUUCUCGUCAUCGUGCUCUUCGUCAUUAAUGCCGUCCAACAAACCUCUUCUCACCUCAUCUGGGCUUUUGGUCGCGAUAAUGGCCUCGUGUUCUCAAAACACCUUGCUAAGAUGCACAUUGCGCUUGAAGUACCUGUGUGGUCUCUUCUCGGCAAUGCCGCAGUGAUAUUCAUCGCCGGGUGCAUCUAUCUUGCAUCCACUGCCGCAUUCAAUGCAUUGAUCAACACAACCAUCAUCCUACAGAUGAUCUCUUUUGCUAUUCCUGCCUUGCUACUCAUGUGCAGAGGCAGAAGUGAAAGGUUUCUCGCUAAAGACCGAUGGUUUCGUCUACCCAAUUGGCUAGGUUGGAUAUGCAAUGCCACUGUUGUCGUCUUUGCCAUCAUCGAACUCGUCUUCUUUGAUCUACCAACUUCUCUCCCAACAACUGGAUCGAGUAUGAGUAAGUUGGUCUGA